UUCAAAAGUCCAUCAUGUCUUCACUGGAAGAGUUGAAAAAGAAGAUGGCUAUGAUGUUUUCUGAGUCAUCCGAUAAUGUUACGAUCCCAGAGGUGAAAGAUAAGACAUGGAAGGCUCGUAUUGGAUGUGCAGGAAAUCGACCAGAGGACUGGUUGGAAUAUAUCUCCCAACUGAAAUUGGACCCUAACACUAAACCAGGCACAGUAUUCUCGGCAUAUUGUGAAGCAAUAGAGGCAAUUGAUGACCGGAAACAUAUGGAAAACAUACACAUGGUUCGGCUGUUUCUCCAGUACAUGGAGUGGAAGGUAAAAAAGUGUCCAGAUGAAGUGGAAGCAAUGUUAAAAUAUGCCAGAUCUACGUUCAGAAAUUUUGUCAUUGUUCACAUUGAAGGAGCAGAAUUUGAACUGCGGCAAGGUGAAAUGAAGAAAGCAGAACGGAUUUUGGAAAAGUCUAAACAAAUCAAACCUCGGCCAUACAACAUGCUUUUGGUUGCCAUGAGAAACAUGGCUGAAGGACAAGUGCAACUUCUAACUCAAGACCAGAAGGAGGAGUGUUUGAGUGUACAAUUGUUGGAGCAAGAUGGAGGUACAUGCAGCGAAGAUUCAUCGGAUGAAAUUCAGUUUGGAGUUAUUAAACAACCCUCAGUCAGGUUUGGGGACAAGGACGAUGUAAGUGACACGAUGCCACUGAGUGUGUUUUCCAGUCGGACCGUGGCCGGGGAGAGUAAGAUACAGCACUACCACAGCACGCCAGACUGCAGCAAGAUGACCAGUGGCCAGUCAGUGCUGUCCAGCAGCUCAAAGUGGAAACGACCAAUUGACAAGCAUAUUUUCGGCCCUCCAAUGCGUGUGAAGAGAAAUGCUUUUCCAUCAUCAGAGACUGAGGAAGAAAGAAUCUUGGAUUACUACGAACCACUUGAUACCAGUAACUCGAAGGCUAAUGAGUGCAUGUUGAGAGGAAGCAGUACAAGCAGUCAAGAUUCGUCGGGUGAAGUUCAGUUUGUCAGCCGAGUCAGUAAACUAGCUUCAGCCAGAUUUUAUAUUGACGAAGAAAGGAAGGAGGAUGUGAGCGGUACGAUGCCGCUGAGUGUGUUUUCCAGUCGGACCGUGGCCGGGGAGAGUAAGUUACAGCACUACCACAGCACGCCAGACUGCAGCAAGAUGACCAGUGGGCAGUCAGUGCUGUCCAGCAGCUCAAAGUGGAAACGACCAAGCAGCAAGCAUGUUUUUGGUAUGCCCUUGCGUGUGAAGCGGAGUACUCUGCCGUCAGCCAUUGAGACAGAUGAAAGGUUCAUGGACAACUUCCAACCUCUUGAUACGAGUGCUAGAGAACAUGAUGUGUUUGACACACACAUGCAUUCAUCUGGGUAUCUCUCAAUGAAUCAACCUGAUACUUCAAUCGCCAUGGAAACAAACUCAUGUAACCCAACGCCCUUUUCGCACCGACAGAUCAGUCAUGUUGAUAGUGUUGUGGAGACUGGUAACAAAAACAUUGAGGACCAGUCGAACCAGUCACUGAACUGUGGUGUGAAACCUCAGACCUGUCACCAGAAGGUGAAGAACAGUUCUUCCCAGAAGGUGAAGGACAACCCUCAUCGGAUAUGUUUAACAGAUCAAGUACAGGCUACCACAGCAGUUUCAAGCACAACAAGUGUGGAAGAAAAAAUAAGCAUUCCAACUGUGAAAAACGUAUCUGCCCCAUCCUGUACCUCGGUGACCCCGAGUUUGGCGAACAUGGAAAUGAUUACGGUGAACGACCAACAUUACACCAAACUGAACCUCAUUGGCAAGGGAGGCUCCGCAGAGGUAUUCCAUGUGUUUGACUCAAACCGAAAUUCUCGGGCUGUGAAAUGUGUAGACUUGUCAAAUGCUAACAAUAUGAUGAAGGAAGGCUACAUGAAUGAGAUACGUCUAUUACAACGACUACAGUAUUGCGAGAGUGUUAUCAAGAUGUAUGACUAUGAAUAUAAAGAAAGUGAGAACAAACUGUAUGUUGUGAUGGAACGUGCAGAGAUAGACUUGGCAACCUUCUUCCAGCGAAAGAUGAAAAAUAAGAAAUGUCUUGACGACAAACUGGUCAAGUUUUACUGGAAGGAGAUGCUGGUGGCAGUGGAAGCCUUACACAAAGAAGGAAUCAUCCACUCGGACCUGAAGCCGGCGAACUUCAUCCUGGUGGCUGGAAACCUCAAACUGAUUGACUUCGGCAUCGCCAAUGCUAUUCAGCAGGACAUGACAAGUGUGCUGCUGACAACACCCAUGGGAACGCCCAACUACAUGAGUCCUGAGACACUGUUAGACAGCGGGGUUGACUGUAACCCUAAACACAAGAUCAACACUAAGAGUGACAUGUGGUCUCUCGGCUGUAUUCUCUACAACAUGGUGUAUGGAAAGACUCCCUUCCAAGACAUCCGCAACUGUUGGAGUAAACUAAGCGCCAUCAAGGACCCCAAGCAUGUUAUUCAGCUCCCACCCAUCCAGGAUGAGAACCUCCUUGAUGUCUUACAGAGAUGUUUAAACCGUGACCCAACAAAACGCCCGAGUGCCACAGAACUUCUGUCACAUGCAUACUUAAAGGAAGACAACACCAGGCAGCCUGAUGACAAACAAGGCACCCCAGUUGCAGCAUCAGAUGUAAAACGGUUGUUGGUGCAGUUUUCUGAGUCGUCUCCAAGAACCAUUCAAGCAUUAACAAAGGACCUGCUAGAAAAGCUCAACAGUGGACAGAAGAUUGACCUCAACAAGAUACAAGUAAAAUCUGAACACAGUACAACUAAACCCAACUUAUGAUGCUGAUUCCCAUAAUCUUCUGGAACUGGAUGAUUGACAUAUAACUGUGAUAAUCUUCUGUAGCUGGAUGAUUGACAAACAACUCCGACAACCACCUUGUGUAGAGUUUGAACUUGGUUCAAGCCAUCUCACACAAAAUAUGAAAUACUUCAAAUAUAUCUCACUCAAAACUGGAUAUGAAUCCAAUUCAUUUCACUUACAAUUUGAACCUGUUUGAAUUCGUCUUACUCAAGUGUGCACCAUUCUUAAUCAGACCACAACCCAGCAGUUUGUAAAUCUGUUUGGUAAUUGGAAGGCGUGUGUGGUGUUAGUGUCAGGACGUUCCCACUUGCAAAAUGGUGUCUGUGAAAAUAAUCAGUUGGUAGAGCUGGUUUCUGUUGGACUAUCAGAACACAAAAAAAACACAGACUACAUCUGGUACAGACAGCCUUGACACAGUGUUUAACUAUAUCCUCAUUCAACAGCACAUAUUUUAUUCUUUGCUGCUUUCAAAUACAUUUAGAUAAGGAGAGAUGCUUUGUGCAACUGCUUGCCCCUCACAAAGUGUGAUUGUGAAAUGUUUUUGUUGCUGUGAUCCUCCUCAUGCAGGAUGUUUACUACACACCAUCCUGGUGAUAUUCUACUUAAGGAAUCUGUUUGUUUACAAGAUUCAGUUGGAGAUGAGUACACACUGUGACCAUGCAUCUGGUGUUCUAUCUAUGCAUAAAUAAAUAGCUUGUCUGUGUCGGAAAGUGCAGCCCUCUACAUUGCCACUGAUUUGGUCAUUUGGCGACUAAAACAUUUCUUACUAUCUAUAUAAAAAUACAAAUAAGCCAUCUGGCUCCUAGAUGGAAACAUUAACGUAGAGCGCUCAGUGCCAUGGCUUUAGCAGGCAUGUGUAUGGAAAUUUAAGGAAGGGUGAGGGUUCUAGACUAGAGAGCGAAGUUUAUGGGGGGGUGUUGAUUUAUGCUCCACUGGAAAAUUACUUCGAGUGUGUGUGACCCCAAAACACCACCCACCUACACACACACCACACGUGCCUGUAUAGGUAAAAAAUUAUGUAUUAAUGAUUUGAACAUGCAAGGUAAAUGCCAUGGUAUGUCUGUAAAAUUUAAUGGAUUUUUCUCUGCUGAAAACUAAAAUGUGUACAGAUAUUUUUUUAAUGAAUAGUUAUAUUUCAAUUUUGUUCUCCUCCCUCAGGCCUUCAACUUUUAUUGUUUUUAUUACCAAACUGUUUUUUCCAUCACUGCAAUCAUGCAUGCACAGUAUAACAAAUGAUUAUGAUACAUUUUACUUUACUAUGAAACAGACAGUACCUCACAACACAAUGGUCAUGGUAUGUGGUGUUCUGUCAAUUGGGCAUCAGCUACUGGAUGUCAAACAGCAUAACAUAUUGUAAAACUAGCCCACACUGUAGCCUCAGGUUUCCACACUUCCUCAACUGUGUACCAACAAUGACUGCUGAUUAAACUACUGGGGAGACAUUACUGGUUUCUUCUCCUAGUCUGUGCAGUAUGCCGACACUAGUUAAACUACUGGGGAGACAUUACUGGGUACUUCUAGACAGUGUACAGUUUCUGAGUUGUUUUAGAUGGUACAGUAUGCCAACACUAGUUACUGGGGAGACAUUACUGGUUUCUUCUCCUAGCCUGGGUGCAGUAUGCCAACACUAGUUAUAGUGCAGCGGAUUGGUGAAAAUUAUAGAAGAAUUGUGCCUUUGAUGAUAAAAGCAUGAAACUUGGCAUGAAGUAAGAACAUACCAAAAUAGUUAUUUCUAGAUAUAGGGACAUUGCAGAUUUUUCCUGUAGUUGCCAUGGUGGCCAUUUUGAAAAAUGGCCACCAUGGUCACAACAUAACUUGAUGCAGGGGUUUGAAUUUAGCUUACUUUUUGUUCUUUACACAAUUAAUUACGUUAGAUUUAUAGAUAUUGUUUUUCACAUCAUGUAGGGGUGCUGAUAAGGCAUAUUCCAAAGACAAAUCUAGAGUAUGAGCCAAACGGAGUUAUAUUAAUUAAGAAACUAUGGUGUCUAUAUGUUCUUUGCCAAUAAAUAGCUUAUAUAAUUA